GAUGUCGGCUGAAUCUGGUACACUUUUAUACAAGGGAACUGCGACUUCGAAAGUUGGUAAUGAAACUGUCUUAGGGACUCCCGUACCUGUUGCACACUCAACUGUUGGUUACGAUAGAUUUUCGACUAACCACAAACAUUCCCGAAUGCACUUAAAUGAAAUGCAGCAAACAUCUCCGGCUUUCGAAAAACAAACGUAUGUUAUCAAAUCAUCUAGCAGAAAUCAAAAUCGCGACAUCCCUAGUUCUAACAAGGAAGAAUUAAGCAUCCUAAAUAUUGACACGAUAAAGGGGCUUUCGGAUAGUGUGUUAGAUCGCAGUUUACAGGGUCCUAAAUACAAUGAAGUAUCAAAAAAAUUAGCUUUAGAAAACAAAAUUAAAAAAAUGGAUACUUUCAAUGUUGAACAGUGUCAGUCACUAGCAGAUCUGUCGACUGAAAUAGAGUCAGAACCUCAGAAAAUACAAUUCGAUGAUGAGGAAUUGAGGAUGCUUGAAGAAGCUUUCAGCGACUUUGAUUGUGAAUCAUCUGAAGCAACUGCUCCAACUCGAGUUUGUGAAACGUUUGCCCGCCAAAUAUCGUGCAAAGCACCGGAAGUUGGCGAACAAUAUUCGGAUGGCAAUAGCACAUCAGUCCCUUCUCUGUCAUCCAACGAAGGUAUCUGUGAUGUUGAUGGUAACACUACUGUUGUCGAUCAGGCUAAUCCCAGUGCUUCUACCAAUUCAAGUCAUAUCCUUGAGGUUACGGGAUUACCAACUUUAGUUUCAAAAUGUUAUUCAAAAAACGCUGUUGAGAAACAAGCGAGCUCUUCGAAGAAUGAGUGUGGUCAAUUCAUUUUAAGACCUCAAAACACAAAUUACUCACAUUUGCCUUGCCUUACUGGUUUGUCCUCUGUUUUUGAAGUUGACUCAACUGAACCAAAAUCAGAUAAUUGCAUACAACCUAGUUUAUGCGUAACAACUACAUUGCCUUUAAAAGUCGAUCAAUCCGUAACAACCUCACCAGUACAUACUGUAGUCAGUAACUCCUCAAACUGUGCAAACAAUGAACCAGUUCAGUCUAUGAACAUAAAUAAUACUUUAUCAACCCAAACACAACUGAUACAUCAAAAAUUACCCAAUCAAUGCUUAAAUCCUUCACAAAAAGUUGGUAAUCUUAAUAAUGCUAGCAGCUUAAAACUGAAAAAUUUCAAUCAACCAGAUGUAUCACAGGUUGAUAUCAGUUGUCUACAUAUGUCCGAUAUUGACGGUUUGCUAGAUAUGAUUACUGCUAUAGGUAAACAACCAGAAGCUGGCAAACUGGAAUUGUUUCCUCGUCAAAAUAAAUUAUCUUCACAUUUAGAAAAACAACUAAUGGCUGUUAGACAAGCACUAACAUCGAAUCUUCCCAGCAAUACAGUUGAUUCUAAUAAAAUUUCAUCUAAUGUGAACGGAAAACAAUCAAAUUCCUCACAAUCUAAGAUGGAUGCGUUGAAAGAAAACAUUCCCCCUGUAAAUAUAACUAAUUCAGGCCAGAAUUUAACACACAGAAGAACACUCUUUCAUCAUCCCAAUGCAGGUGCCCCACCCAUUUCUACGAAUCCGUUAGCUAACUCCCAUUCAGUUCCUACGACUAGCGAAAAUUUGUUAGUUCAUGACGGAUCUGUAAUUUCGCAAAAAGACUCUUCCUCCCCAGAUGUGUUUACAUCCCAAAAUGUUCCCAUCCUAUCAAAUACUAACUGCUUAAUUUAUGCUGGUGCGGUUUGUGGACAGAUACAUCGACAACAUUUCCUUAUCAAGCAUCAAAUGGACAAACCAACUACCAUAUCAUUCGUUGUUCACCCCAAAUCAGAAGUAUUCAAACUUGUUGAUGAAAAUGGUUAUCUGAUUUCAGGAGUAUUUCGUGUUCACUUACCACCAAAUCUUGAAUAUGAAGUAAAUGUUGCUUAUGUUGCAAAACAUCCAGUUUCUUGGGAUUUUGGACAUUUACUUUUACGAUCCGAAGAAUCUAAAUCUUCUACAUUUAAAGUAAGACUAAUCGGCUAUACAAAUUCCAGUCAAUUAGUUUAUUCUUGUUGUUCAAAAUUAAGUUCUAAUGUUUAUUGGACUGUUGCAUCGAAAGUAGAUCUGAGUUCUGAAUCAAUGGUUAAAAAUAAUGAAAAAUCUCAUCAAGCAAGUCUACGUUCUACCAAAUGUGAAUUAACGUCAAAUAUAUCUGGAUGCUAUUUAGCAAGUAUUAAUAUCAGUAAUUUUGGUUCUAGAUCUGCUUGGGUCUGCGCUCGCGUUGAAUGGAUUGAUCGAAAAACUGCUAAUCAAAAUGAGCAUGAAGAUACCUCCAAAUGUGGUGUAAUUAUUGAGCCUAGAGCUUUAAUUGUUGGGUCGAAACAAUCUCAGAGCAUUUUAAUUACUUUAAAGCCUGGUGUGAAGGCUGUACGUAUAGUAUUUUACCAUGGAGACGAAGUUGUUCGUUAUCAGUUUCGUCAAUUAUGUGCUGAUUCUAAUGAGACUAUCACAAAAAUAGGGAAACGAUCUAGUCAUAGUCGUUUACAAUUAUCAGAAAUUUUGGAAGAUUUUGAACAUGAGCAGUCUAUUCAAAUUGUUGAACUGCCGCCUGCAACAUUCAGUGAUCUUCGACCACAGGACUGGCAUCAGGCCUUUAUUGACCAAGUACAUCAUUGUGAACGCAUAUUCCUGUACAUUUAUGCUUCAAAUAGUCUUAAUCAGUCCAGUGUAUAUUCACCCAGUUCAAUAUCAGAAUCAGUAUUUGAGAAUUCAUUGGCUAGUGUUUUUGUACAACAAGAUGCUUUCAAGCAUCAAAAUUCUCUUAAACCCAAUCGUCAUGAAAGUUCUAAAACUUCCUCGUCACAAACAAAAACAAGAAAAACUAAUUCACGAGAAACUUAUCCAACAAAUACUUACACCCCUAAUAUCUCAACUGGUCAAAGUUGGAACGAGAAAAUGUCGCUUGUUCAACCACCGAAAUUGGAAAUAAACCCUCCGUAUACUUUGGUAUUUCCUCCAUGUAUUCCUACUUGUUCUACAGAAGCCCAAUUUUCUGUGAGUUUAAAACAUAUUUCACAUGAUAAUGAAGAAACGUCUUCUUUGUCAUUAUGGAGAGUGUUUUGGUCAGUAAAUCCCGUAACUGAUGUACAAAUGAGAAAUAUCACUUCAAAUUCUUCUCACUCACUUAACAAACGGUCUACCAUGGAACAAGGUAUCUUUCAGUUGUUAUCUUCUGAAUCGAAUCCACUUAGUCAAUACAACAUAAAUAAUAAAUCAGUCGAAAGUGUUGGCAUUUUAUCAACUGAUGCUAAUAAUACAGAAUUUCGUUCAUUUUCAAUACCUUUUCGUUUCAAACCUACUUCCUAUUGUGAAAAUAUUUUAAUUCAAGAUUGGCAUUUGGAAUUUUGGCUAGAACCAUACAUACAAAGUCAAUGUCAUUAUUUAUCUAGAUUCAGUUCAAAAGAUUCAGUCACAAUUUUGGUCACUUUAGAAGGCUCGUGUUAUAAACAAGCAACAAUAAAUGAAUCUCCGCUUACACACCUUCCAAUUAUAAGCAACUACAAAUGCCCUCCUUCAAAAUCUCAAUGUUUAAGUGAUCGUACUUCGUUGACUACUGUUGAAAACCCGUCAAAAACUGUUCAUAUAGGUCCAAUUGAUGUGAUUGGGCUACCAGUUUCAUUCGAAACUGUAGACUCUAAUUCUUCAACAACAUCUCGUUCUCACAAUAUUUUAUUGAUCAAUCGAAUGAAAACAAGUGAAGCGUUUGUCAAAUUGAAACCUCCUAGUCCACCAUUCUACAUUAUUGAGCCCAAGGAAAUCAGGUUCCGGUUAUUGCCUCGUUCUCGUGUACGAAUAGUGCUUAUCUUUCGACCGUAUACUCUAGGAAAAUCAAGUUCCGUUCUGGGAAUUAAUGUUGAAUAUCACAAACAAGAAAAUUUAUCUGUGGAAAAAAGUAAUUGCAAUUCCAAACCAAUUAUUGAUUCUUUCCAAGUUCACUUAUUCGGUACAAUGAAUUAACUUCAAAUUUUUUUAUUCCUUGUAUUUUAUAACUGUAUGUUUUUACUGGUGAUUUUAAUAUAUA